AGCAAACAACUUUAAGUCUGGUUCUAUUUCAUUCUGUGAGGAAGAAAAAUUGGGAGAGAGAAAAGAGUAGCCGCAAGGGAGAGAAAUGGGCUAUGUACAGGAAGCUAGAGAAAAUCACGUCAAGAAGAAAGUGGAAGAAGCACUGCGCAGCAAAAUGAAGACAAAAGCUUUGAAGGAAUGCGGAUAUUACACUACUGAGUAUGCUGAGUGUGCUUCAGGAAGGACACUAUCGGUUGUUUGGAAAUGUCGGAAACAAGCUAAAGAAUUAAAUGAAUGCCUUCAUCAGUUCACAAAUGACACUGUCCUCGAAGAUAUGAAGAAAGACUAUGUGCUUCAACAGCAAUUUAAGAGCUCAUAAGGAUCAAAUUGAUGCAAAGCUUGCAUUCAAAGUACUCUUUUUACUUGGUUCUUUUGAUAUCCUGAGUCCAAGCAUUUCCAAUUAGUAUUUUGUUUACCCAUUUCUUGGGACAUGUAGCAUAUUUUCGUUGUAGCAAGAAAUGAAGGUACUUUUCCCAACUCACAUUUGAAGUUCACAAUUAAUAAUUUACAUCCU